GUGUCUAGUGUGUAUAGACCCGGUCGUUGUUGUGGCCGUGACUGCCGUCCAAACAGUUUGGCCAGCGGCCCCGCAUCGCGCGCAUCUCUCCCUCUCACUCCCCCCAUCUAUACAUGUGUAGACGACGACGACCAAUCUUCUUCUUCUUCUUCUUCACCUCAUCCAUUUGCCCCUUUUUCUUAUUCCCGUGCCGUCGUCAGUCCCGCACGGGCCGAAAUCUCGUCGUCGUCGUCGUCGGUCGCAGCCCUAAAAUUUUGAAAUUUGAAAAAAGUGAAAUUUGGCGCCGAAUUCAUUUUUAAAACUUUGAUCGUGUGGGUUAACUCAUUUCCAAUCGUCAGGUCCAACUACAAAAUCAAUUUCGGUUCGAGUGUCGUCAUCAUUUGAAUAGCGUAGGCCUCCAUCAAAAUCCGUGUAAUUCGACUGAAAUCAAAUUUUAGUGGCGAAUUUAUCAAGUUAAGUGGACAUCUCUAAUACAACGGAACCUUAUUUAAAAUUGAUAUAAGAUGUGCUGUUUGCGAGUGUCCGUCUAAAAGCCCCCCGGAAAGUUAUAUUGUCCAAUAGACGUGAACAUGUUGUCCAUGUUUCACUGGAGAAUCUGAUGACCAAAAUCCAUUCCGAAUCAAACCGAAAGAUAUAUCCAAUAAUAAUCAUCUAUACAAUCAAUCUAAUAAUAAAUCAUGAUUUCGCAAGUGAAUUUCGCCCGACCGUGGGAUAUGUCGGGCAGUGCUGCUGGCGGCAAUACUAAUCCAAGUGUCGUCGGCAACAACAACAACAACAACAGUGUCGGCAUCAUCAGCGACCACCAUCGACUCGCCUCGGCGCUAGGCCUGGCUCCUUUACAAGCAAUCCGGUGCACGAUGCCUGCCUGCCCGUGCGAGUGUUUCCAGCCAGGCAAAUUGCAGUUGAGACAGUGCCAGACCUGCAAACACGGCUGGGUCCCACACGCUCUGGACAAAUUGGGAAUGAGAUCGGGCCAUGUGAGUUCGAACGGUACGGGCCCGGUGGAGCCGGCCCUGCCCAACACGGUGUUCGACGUGGCCAGUCUGGCCCUGUACGGCUGCCAGGCUCUGCCCAUCCGCCUCAAGAUCCUGCUCGACCGGCUCUUUUCCGUCUUGCCGCCCGAGGACGUCGUUCAAGUCCUCACCGGUUUCGGAUGGUCGCUCGAAGAUUACGCCAGAGGUUACAUCCUACAAGAUGUCCAGGGAAGGCCGGUUGAAGUGUGGAGCAUUUGCGGGCGGGACGAGGAGCCGUUGGUUCUGCAACAAUUCCUGCGGUUCGGCGAGACCCGCGUCAUAGCGGCCAGGAUCCUCCAACAACACGAAAAUGAAACGAAAAAUUCCGCCGCAGCCGCUGCCGCCACGGCCGCCGCCAGUUCGGCCUCUUCCGGCUCGGACCAGCAACAACAACAGCAGCAGCCCAGGGGCAAGAACAACCACCACCACAAGGAAAGCGAGAGAGAACAACAACAACACCAGCAACAGCAACAACAACAGUCGAAACUCAAUUCGGAUAUCAAAGAGUUUUUGAAGAAAGCGCAACAGAACCCUCAGGCGGCUCUGGCCGGCAUGCUGGGCCAUUCCGGCCUUCCGGGCUUCGUCAACCCGCUCAACUCGUUGCCGUUCCCAUUCAUUCCGGGACUGACCGGCCCUCCCGGUCCGUUGAAUCACCUGCCACGCUUGCCGCCCAUGAUGUCACUCCCACCGCCGCCGGCGCCGCCACCUCUUCCGGCCCAGCACCCGUCGACGCUGCCCCGCCUGCCGACGGCCGCCGUCCAGCCGCAACAGCACAGUCCGCCCGUUUCGUCGUCGAUCUCCACCAACAACAGCAGCAACAACAAUGCCAGCAACAACAACAACAACAACAGCAUCCAGGCCGUUUCCUCCUCGGUGGCCCAGAGCCCGUUGGGCCGGCUCCAGGGGAUGCAGCCCUUUGAUUUCCGGUCGGUUGUCCAGCAGACCAGCAGCAGCGGUAAAGAGCGCUGCAGCCGCAGUCCGGAAUCCAACCGGAUCCGCUCCACUCCGCCUCCGCUUUCCUCUUCCGGCACUUUGAAUUUGAAGAGCCUCCAGUCCGGCAGCGGGUCGACGGCCCAGCAGCAUUCGGCCAUUUCGCCGUUGUGUUUGACCAACAAGCCGGGCGAUCCAUUCCUCCACCAUCCGUCCAGCGACCGGAAUUCCAUCCAUCAACAGCAGCGCCACCGCUCCCGCUCGGCUUCCAGUUCCAGCAGCGAGCUGGACUGGGACGAGGACGACAUGAUGGACGACAGUGACAUGUACGAUUCCGGAACUAAUCCGGCCAAUGCGCUCAAUCUGACCCGCAAAAGCGGAGCCGCCGGCGGAGUCGGUAGCCACCACCACAGGAGCCGGCCGGAAAUUUCCGAUUCACUCAGUGAAGCCGAACGGUCCAUGAUGCGCCGGCCGGGCAAAUCCGGCGGCUCCCAGGGCGGUGGAGGAUCCCAGGGCGGCAGUGGCGGCCAGGGCCAGGGCGGAUCAUCGAUGAAGCGCAGCUGGAAUCCGCUGGGCCCACUGGGCACUCAGCUGAUCAAUCCGGCGACGGGCAAGAAGCGUGUCCAGUGCAACGUCUGCCUCAAGACCUUCUGCGACAAGGGGGCCCUCAAGAUCCACUUCUCGGCCGUCCAUUUGCGCGAGAUGCACAAGUGCACGGUCGACGGAUGCAACAUGAUGUUCAGCUCCAGGCGAUCGCGCAACCGCCAUUCCGCCAAUCCCAAUCCGAAAUUGCACAGCCCACACCUGCGCCGGAAGAUCUCGCCGCACGACGGACGGACGUCGCAGCCGCAUCCGGCCCUGGGCUCGCUCAUCUCUCACGUCCAGCACGGAGGUGGUGGACAUCCGGCUGGUGGAGGAUUCCCAGGGUUGGGACAUUUGCCACCGCUGCCGCUUCCGCACCAUCCGUCCGGAUUGGUGGGAGCCGACGGGUUCGGCAAGGGCGGACACCUGGGCGGUGAGCACCGGGAACGUUCCGUUUCGUCCAUGUCGUCGUCGGGAGGAGGCGGACACGGAGGCGGAAUGGGUCAGGAUGGCGACAUCAAGGGACGAAAUUAUUACGCGGCUUCUUCCGACGACCUGGACGACGACCUGGACGAUCUGAGCAGCCUGGAUGAAGGUGAAGAUGGUGGAAACCGGAUGCAUCCGCAUCACGGCGGAGCCCACGAUUUGCUGGCCAGGCCGGUCGGCGUCCCAGCUCAAGAUCAGGGCCGCCAUCACAACAACGUGUCGCCCAAACAACAGCAACAACAGUCUCAACAACAGUCGGGUCAAUCCGGCGGAGCCGUGCGGAAGCGCAAGAGCCAAAAUCCGACGCGCUUGUUCCAGCAGCAGCAGCAAGUGGCCGACAGUUAUUUGUCGGACAACGACGGGCGGUCGGAUAUGUCGGACCAGUCGGCUGGCGGCGGAUCCUCUUCCGGCCGGAAGAACAACAACAACAGUAAGAGCAAACGGAUCAAGACGGAGGGCAAUCACUCGCCCGGAUUGUACCGGAGCGAUGCCGAAGACGAGGAGGCCGGCGGAUGCGACGAUCUGACGGCGGAUGAGGAUCCGCUGGAUUCAAAAAACGGGUUGCCCAGUGCUGAGACGAAUACAACAACAACAGCCGCAACAACAACAGCAACAACAACGCCCCAGCAGCACUCACGGGCUCAUCAUCAUCGGGGGGACCGCCGGAAUUCAUUUUCCGGGGCAACAACAACAACAACAACAACCGGAGCAGCAGCCGUCAAAACUGAACCGGAUGGAACUCGGCACUCGACUCCGUCGACUCCGCUGAGCGGGACGGAAUUGCGGGAAAUGGCCGGCCUAAUUGACGCCGAUUCGAUCCGGCCCUACCCGCUGGACCUGGACGACGACGAGGACGACGAGGACCUGGUGGACAGUCUGACCGGAUCGCCACGCUCCGAUUGCGACUCAUCCAGCGCCGGAGGAGUUCCGCUGGACAAGGACAAUCCGCGCCGCUGUUCGGCCUGCGGCAAAGUCUUCCAGAACCAUUUCGGCGUCAAGACCCACUACCAGAAUGUCCACCUGAAGCUGAUGCACCGCUGUACGGUCGACGGAUGCACGGCGGCCUUUCCGUCCAAGCGCAGCCGCGAUCGCCACGCCCAGAAUUCCAACCUCCACCGGAAAUUGUUGUCGACCGAAUCGUCAACGGGCAACGGAGGAGGAGGAUUCCAGGUCGGCGGAUGCUCUCCGCUGGCCUCGCCGGCGGCUUCGCCAACCUUGGUGAUGACGCCCACCACACCCACGACGCCUACGGCCAAAAUGGCCCCGCCGGCCAGCCAGCCGGGCGGCCUGGACGGCUCUGGCGGAGCGGCCGAUUUCUCGCUGCAUCAGUUCUCGUCGCUGCGCGACGAGUUCCUCAGCCGGAUCUACGCCAAUGCGGAAGCCCACGGAAUGAUGCACGGACUGGCCCCGUUCCUGGGCCCGGCCCAUCACCACCUGGCCGGCCUGGGUGGUCACCACAACAGCUCGUCCGGCCACCACAACCACCACCACCACCUCGGCAACAAUCAAAAUAAUUUCCUGUCCGGCCUGCAGCAGUCGGCGGCGGCGGCGGCUUUCCUCUCGGCGGCGGCGGCGGCCAGCGCGGCGGCCAACGCCAACGGGGCCAGCAACGGCCACCUGAACGGCGUUGGACUGGGCGCACUGGGCGGCCACCACAACAACAAUCAAGUCACAAUCAACGGCAAAGGCUCGUCGGCCAGGGAUCGGGCCAGUUCGGCUUCGUCGCCGGCCGGCCAUCCGCCGACUUCCACCUCGCCGUCGCCUCCAUCCGCCGCCUCAUCCAUGGCCCUGCGAACGUCCGUCUGACCCAAUUUUUAUUCAUAAAAUUUAAAAUUAAAUUAACCGAAUAAUUGAAUCAUCACACAAGAAAAUUCAAAUUGGGCGCGGAAUGGAAAUGAAGUUUCGAUUCGAUUUCCCACACCCUCGGGCCCAGUUUGAUUUGAACUAUUUUCGAUUUAAUUCGCAGUUAUUGUACAUAAAAGCAAAUUCCCAAUUUGUAAUACCAAUUUCAGAUUCCAGUUGAUUCAUUUUUUCGGGAAGUAAAAUAACUUUUAGUGGGCGGGCGUUUUUAUUCGAGAAAAUUUAAUUCUUUUCAUCCAAAAUUAUCAAUUCAAAUCGAAUUGCUUUUAAUUUUGAAUCAGAGAGAAAAUCAUUUUCAAAGGGAUCUCUUGGUGGAAAUUUUGACAAAAGACAAAAUUGGGAAAUAUAUAAAAUUCAAAAAAUGAUCAACAGGAUCCUCCCCCCCCCCCAAAACAAACUAUAUAGGCGUGUGUGUAUUUGAUAUCUUUUUAUUCAUUCGAAAUCCCCCCCCUCCCACUCCUCCAAUUUUUU